AUGGCCGUCCUAAAGCCCCUGACGGGCGACAACACAGAAGCGCCCAAGCAGCACAGCCAGCCGUCAAGGAAAGGCAAAAAGGCAUGGCGCAAGAACAUCGACUUGACCGAGGUCGAGCAGGGCCUCGAGGAGCUGAAUGAGCAAAUCAUCAAGGGUGGUGUCAUUGCUGAGAAGCCAUCCGAGGAGCUCUUCACCAUUGAUGUGGAGGGAGAUGCAUCGCUCGAGAAGCGCUUCUCGAAGCACAUCAAGAAGGGCCUGAAGGCCGACGAGAUUAUUGCGCAAAGAUCUGCUCUUCCUGCUGUGUCUGUCCGCAAACGUGCCGGUGAUGAACCGGCUUCCAAGGUCUCCGACGGCAUCCUGCCCGUCAAGCGGCAAAGAACCAACUACAUCACCCAUAAGGAGCUCAUCAGGAUAAAGAAGGUCGCCGAUGGCGAACAUGAGACAACCGUCGAUAUUGUCGACGCCACAUAUGACCCCUGGGCGCAAGACCCGAUCGAGCCGAAGAAGCAGGACCCAGUACGGCCUGUCUUGCCAAAGCCUGACCCGUUGAAGAAGCCCAAAACUCUCGAGCAGAAACCGAUUUCUUUGGCCGCGAAUGGAAAGUCAGUCCCAGCGGUCCCAAAACCCACAGGUGGCUACAGCUACAAUCCAGCUUUCACCGACUACCAACAACGGCUCAUGGAGGAGAGUGAAAAGGCUAUUGAGGCCGAGCGCAAGCGCUUGCAGGAACUCGAACUCGAACGUCAGAAGAUGGAGGCCGCUGCCCGGUCAGCGGCUGAAGCUGAGGCGGCAGAGGCACGGGCAGAGAUGUCCGAAUGGGAGGAUGACUCUGCUUGGGAAGGAUUUGAGAGCGAUGGCGAGGGUCUCAACAUCAAGGCCAAGAAACCGCGGCGCAAGACCAAGGCAGAAAGGAACCGUAUCAAGCGAAGGAAGGAAGAAGAGCGGAAGAGGAAGCAUGAAGAAGCAAUGAAGCGCAAGCAGCAACAGCUGGAGCAGGCCAAGAAGAUCGCGGCCGAGGUGGAGGAGCGGGAGCGGCAGCUGGCGCUGCAGAAGAUCGAGAUGUCAGACGACAGCGAGGAGGGCGACGACACGGUGCUGCGGCGCAAGCAGUUGGGCAAGUUCAAAUUGCCUGAAAAGGACCUGGAGCUGGUGUUGCCCGACGAGCUGGAGGAUUCUCUGCGGAGACUUAAACCCGAGGGCAACCUGCUCAAGGAUCGCUACCGCAGCAUGAUUGUGCGCGGCAAGCUAGAGGCGCGCAGGAAGAUUCCGUUCAGGAAGCAGGCCAAGACGAAGCUUACAGAGAAGUGGACAUUUAAGGACUUCAGGAUUUAA